AUGGAGGCAAAGACGACAAGUCGCCGGGCACGUUUGCUGCUAUGGGCUGCUAUGGGUGCAAUGCUUUGUGUUGUGGCCGCCGCCAGCUUUGAGGAUCAGAAGAAUUACUAUAUACCCGACCCGCACACGCCUCCCACAGUUCCGAAUCUCCCAAUCGUCCCUCCACCGCACGGCUCAGGCGGCGGCCACCCGACCCCGACCCCAACCCCAUCCCACAGCGGCGGCAAACCACCGGCCACCAACUGCGGCAAACCUCCAAGCAGCAGUGGCGGCCACCACCACACCACCCCGUCACCACCCACCGGAGGCGCCGGCGGCAUCAGCAGCCACCACUCCCCUCCGACGACCUCCACCCCCGGCAUCACAAUCCCGUCCCCUCCUUUCUCAUUCGACCCCAACUCACCCCCAUUCAACUGCACGUACUGGAGAAACCACCCGACCCUGAUAUGGGGCCUAUUCGGGUGGUGGGGGACCACGGUCGGGAGCGCGUUCGGGGUGAGCAGCCUGCCAGGGUUCGGUCCCAACACCAACAUACUCCAGGCACUCUCCAACACCCGUACGGAUGGGCUCGGCCAGCUCUGCAGAGAAGGCACAGCUGCCCUGCUCAAUUCCAUGGCCCACACAAGGUUCCCUUACACGACCACCCAGGUCAAGGACAGCUUUGUGGCGGCACUCGGGUCGAACAAGGCAGCUGCUGCCCAGGCUCAGCUGUUCAGGAUGGCCAACGAGGGUAAAACGAAGCCCAAGGCCUGA